AGGCCGUUGACAAGAUCUCCCUAGUGAUUCAAGAUGGCGGCCGUAAGCGCGAAAUACACACUAGAAACAAAACGACAAGCCGUCGAGUAUUUCAACUCAAAUAACGUGCCAAAACAUGUGGAAGAAUUGCUAAACAAGAUGUUUAAGGAGAAGCCUGAAGACAUAUUUGGUUAUAUGUCUGAGCACUUUGGUGCGAUAGCAAAAUCGCCUACAAUUACAAAUGUGUCAGCCAAAGAAGUGCUAAGCAGUAGAGGUCACCCUUCUGUCAAGCUUGAGUUAAACUGCUUUGUUAAUGGUGUAAAAAAGCCAGUCAAGAGCAUAGUGUUACCAAUAGACGGCUCUCCACCCAUAACAAAGGUGAAAACACCAGACCUCAAAGGAAAAUCUCCCGAACCCCCAAAGCAAAAGACGCCUUGCGACCCCCCAGCACCCACGAGUGUUGUUAGUGGGACGAAUCUUGCGCUAGACAUUGAUUAUCUCAUAGAAAGAGUUCAGGACACAAUUACACCCAGGGUCAGUGGUGUAGAGCCAAUGAACCAGCAAGGAGUUGAUCAGAUACUGAAGGGCUUGCUUGAUGAAGAGAUGCCAUUGUCACGCCCAGCGUCUGUUCAGGCGGAGCAAUCUGAGUCAGAUCCUACUACAGAGAAAAUAGAUGAGCUGUCAGGAAAAAAGUCCAGCCAAUCCAGAAAAUCAGUCUCACUUAGCAAAAAGCAGAGUGUCGUUGCUGACAAGAAACUUGCCAAGGAGUCCAACAUUCAAAUAGUUCCUGACAUGGAGGAAGAGAAAGUUACAAGAGAUUAUGCUGUCCUUGGGGUUUCAAUGGCAACGGUUAUAGCAGGAUCCAUGUUAAAGAAAAUGGAAGUCUUUGAACACUUGGCAAAUACCUUUCUUGAAGAGCCCAGUGGAAGCCAGUGCAUGCCGCUGCCUGUCAUGACCCUACUGUCAUCUGGUAAGUUGGCUUCUGGCAAGCAAAACAUGAUCAAGGAAGUGCUCAUCUUACCCAAGCCUGGAGAAUCCACAUCAAAGGGCCUUCAGAUGUUGACUGAAGUCUAUCAUCAGAUGGGGGCCCUUCUGCAGCAGAAACUUGGAGCAUCAGGGAGAUGUGUAACCGAUGAUGGGAGUUACUCUCCACCCCUGGACAAGCCCGAAACGGCCUUGGAAUACCUACAGGAUGCUGUUUCUGGGUGUGGUUAUACACUGGGAACAGACCUUCAUAUCAUACUCAAUAUCGCUGCCAAUGACUUUUAUGAUCAGGAGAAACUCAAGUACGAAAUCAUGAGCAACGCUUUCAAGUCAGUCGAUGACGUCAUCAAUCUGUAUUGCGAGUUCUUGGAAAAGUUUCCGGGAAUCCUCGGGAUUAUUGAUGGCGUAAGAAGUCAGGACAGGGAGGCAUGGACGAAGCUCAACCAGCGGAUCGGAGAGAAGUGUUUCGUCAUAGGCAACGAGCUCUACCGACGCAAUCCCAGUAUCCUAGCAACAGGCGUGACUGAAAAACUCUCCAGCGUUGCGUUACUCAGUGCUGAUAACGCAAACACCGUCACGGAGCUGUGGGAAAAGAUAAGGGCUGUGGCCGACCAGGGAGGCUUGGUAAUGCUGAGUAAGGGACAGGUUGAAGACGUCAACACUCUAGCAGUGGAUUUCGCUGUCGCUACCGGUGCUCGUUUCAUAAGGCUUGGUGGCCCGGCGCGAAUGGAACACGUGACAAAGCACAGACGUAUGAUCGAGAUCGAACAGAUCCUGGAACAAAAUGGCAAGCUAAUACCACAGGAACCCCACGUGUUCCCUGUGGUGAAUGUGCCCGAAGAAGAGCCUGGAGAUAGAAACGAGGCUGAAGAGAUUCGAUAACAAUCUACCCGCUUCUCAUUUUUUAGCGUGACCAGUAGUAAAACGGGAAAAGAGAAACAUGUGUGGAAUGUUCCUUCCUACCAAUCACAUACGAGCUAUUCAAGCAUAAAGAUCUCUAGACAAGUUUCAGUACCCGAAUUCUCGCUUGUGACUUGUCAGAAUUUCCCACAUAUUUUUCGCUGUUCGCGGUUUUCCAGGUCGCGUUGUGUAACUUAUGAAUAUCAUUGCCGACAACGUUGAUUUGAAAUUAUAGCACUCGUCGAUGUAAAGCAUGUACAUAUUUGUAUUACGUUUUUAAAAUAAAUCCAAAAUUUCAUUUCUCUAA